CACGAAGGUGCUGAAAAUUUUUGGGCGAAAUUAGCACACAGCUGCUGGCAGAAAGUGUGUGGAUGAGCAAUUAUUCGUCAAUUUGGGGUUCAAAUAACAACCAACCGAUCAACCGACCGACUGAUGAGUGCAUCGUGUGCAUGUGUGUAUGAAAAUUAAUCGAGUUGUCGGAAAAGUCACGACGCCCAUGGAAUAGGCCACUUUUGAGUUCGAGGUGUGAAAAAGUGUAAAACAGAGAAGGAAUCACAAAAAAAAAGUGUGUAAAUCGUGCUAUUGCAACUGCUGAGUGAAGACAAAUCGAUCCACAAUCCGAACCAAGAAGUUCGUUCAUAGUUGAAUGUUGGAGAGCUUCAACACAGUGUAUCACUCCGAGCGGAAAACAGUGCUGUUUGUUCGUAGAACUCUGAAACUCUGAAAACAUGCGACUAGAAGUUCAUUCGGCUGCGGAUUUUCUGAUGAAUUUGCUGCGAGUGAGAAAGUCAGCUCCCCUGUCCGAGAGUCAACUGCUGCACUUCAAAGGAACGCUUGAGCAGAUUCUGACCCGUCACUUCCAGCGCCACUGGUAUCCAGAUGUUCCGGCGAAGGGUUCGGGAUUCCGGUGUUUGCGCAUCAACGGCAAGAUGGAUCCGAUAAUCGAGCAGGCAGGCAGCGUUGUAGGUCUGAAUGCGAUCGCCCUCCGGAAGAUGUUGCCACUGGAGCUGACGAUCUGGAUCGAUCCGGAGGAGGUUUCGUAUCGGAUUGGGGAGAACGGUACGAUCUGUGUGCUGUACGACCAUCUGAGUCGGGACAGCCCCUCGUCGGAUCUCGAUUCGACGGGUAGCAGUAGCUGUGAUGAGUUUAUCAUGGGACGACUUGGCCGGCUGGACCUGUCGACGUCGGCCGAUAGUGGUGUUAUGGUAGAUUUUGUGGAAGCCAAUCCAUCGCAGGGCGGUAGCAACAACAACAGCAGCAGCGGCGGUGGCAGCAAACUGCACAAGUACAACAAUCAUCAUAAUAACCACCAUUACGUGAAGCGUCACAAUAACAGUGUGAGUUCGUCGUCGUCUAGUGGACAGAAUAGUCCACCCCUUAGUCCACCAUUCAAUGGGUACAACAAUAGCAACAACAACAACUACAACACUAACAACCGGUAUCAACAAAGCAACUACUACUCGCCAUCGAUCCACCAGCAACAUCAACAAUAUUUCCACUGGGACAACCAGUUCGUUAAUAACAAAGUGCGCACGCAGUGCUAAACUCCCAACUGUCUUUGUCGUCGUAUCCAGUUGAUUUCAUGCUCCUUCCCGUUCAAGAAGCAAGCCGCUGCAACAAGUAGCAGCAGCAGCAGCAGCAGCAAAACCAUUCAUAUCACCAAUCCUUCGGUGUGGGAAAAGCCUUCGGUUUCCACAUCCUUAGAACGCAGUAAGGGACGAGCAGUGGAGCGCAACUUGGACAACGCCACCACCACCAACAACAACAGUGACACUUCCGCGGGAAUUAAAGGUAACAUGGUGGGGGUGGGGACAACUUCCGGGCUCCUCCCCCCACUCGGGCAUCAUCAGUAUAGAGGUUAAGUCAGGGAAGACAACUUUUGAAUCCAAAAUUUGUAACAUCUCCCAUUGUGCGAAAACCAGGCGCGUUGCAAGUGUUGCUGAACAAUACUUACUAAACUACUUUUAAACCUUAACAGAACAUAACACAAUCAUGGAACACCCAGAAAAACUGGAAUGAACACAAGGCAAAACGAAUGAAUGGAAACCUGAAACAGGAAAUCUAUAUAAACACACACAUAUAAUAAUUAUGAGUAGAAAUAUAGCUUUAAAGCUGCUAGCAGAGUUGUUGAGGGAACUGUGUAGGAGCUGCUGCGGCAGCAGCAGACAGAAUGUAACGUAACGGAUGGAAGCUUUAAAGCGUGCAGGCUAGAGGGGUCUAAAUAUUCUGAACAGUCCCGAAAAAAAAGGAGAAGGGAAGGGACUGUAAACGCAAAACGAAAAACAAAAAGAACAGAAAAAACGUACGAUGAAAUCGAUCAUGAUGUGGUGUGUGCUCUCGCGAGAAGACGAGGUAUAUAGCCAGGAGAUAUGCAGUACAUAUAAUAAGGUUCGAGACGAUUAGACACGAUAGAUGAACGAAGAUAGGGAAGGGAUAUAUGUUAGGGAACAGCAGGCCCCUGUUGCCAAAUCGAAAACGCGCGAGUAGAGCGCAGUGCGAGGCAAAAGCCUCGAGUAUAGGCCCUCGAUUCAGGAUCUCCCCAAAUUAAGAAGAAUGCGGUUCCGCGGUGCUACUUCCUUUGCUUCUGAAAGUCCUGACUGACAGACAACACCUUCUGUGCACAAUGUGUGUGUGUGUUUGUGUUAUCCGUGACGGAAAUUGGGAUCGUUUGCUCUUCCGUCUUCUUCCACUACAGACCCUAAAAUUGGGAUCACCUGUUGUCCGUUGUUUUCGGUAACGAACUUGGAAGGUGCGAUGAAACGCGGAAAGCAAGAAUAACAAGAGACACAAUGUGCACACCGGUAAGGUCAUCUAAGCAAAGGAAUUGAGCCACUGAGCCAUAUAUAUAUAUAUAUAUUUUAAUGUCUUCUGGACGUGUGUUUCGAAAUACGUAUCCCACUGAUUUACUACCACGGGAGAAAUGAAACGUAAAAGCGGACGAGAUAACGAUCUCUCAGAACUGUGACUCCCAGACGGAGCUGGCUGUUUCGUUUUGUAUGAUCAUCCAUGAAUUUUUUUUGAGUCUACCGAUUUCUACGGACCGAAUCGACUAAAAGUCUCAAGAGAAUGUCGAACUGACAACCCUCCACUCUCCUUAGCACGUUGUGAAGACGUGACCAGAACAAUUCUUAACUGUUGAUGAGAACAUGCCUUUAUCUCACAGAUAUCGCUGAUCUUCAAGUCAGUAUCUCAUCAGCAACUGAUGGAGACGAGCUGUUAAUGCUGAUGCAAAUGUAGUAAAGCUCAAUUGAAAUUCAAUAUAAACCUAUACAAAAAAAGUUGAGCUGUAAAUAUGUUCAAGUUUGGUUUGAAUUUUUCUGAAAAAUAAACAUCCAUUCGAUUGGAGAAAAUUGUGAAACAGAUCUAAUCUUGGUCUGAAAUCGAGUUGUUGGGUAUUUUUCGGACGUUUUUUGAGCGCUCACAGGCGAAUAAACAGCCAGUUUUGUGUUAAUGAGUAAUAUGUAAAACGGCUCAUUCUUCUAAAUUAUACAAUGUAAAAAUUAGUGAUCUAACAUAUAUUCGUGACCACAGACAGCCUAAAUACAUAUCUCAUUACUAUACUCAAAUUACCAGUUGGCCAAGGUAUGAAACACGAAUAUACUUUUUUUUUUUUUUAUCUUCACUUAUUUUUCGUCGGCCUAUUUCCGCCACUUUAGUGCCAAUCACCGACAUCAGGGAGGCGACUCCACCUGUUCCUACCUAUCAGACUCAACAACUCAUGAGCCGGGCCAACUUCUUUUACUUCCGCUCCGAAGGAAGACGUAACCAGAGAUUUUUCGCCUCAAAAAAUCCCAACGACGCCAGCUGGGUAGAACCCAGGCCGAUCGGAUUGUGAGGCUGUUACGCUAACCAUACAACCACUGGCGCCGUCUCGAAUAUACUUUAUUCGAAGUAUUUUCUGUCGAUAGCUGUGAAUUUUUCCCAUCUCGUCUGGCUAUUUGUGGAUGAGAGGCCACUUUAGAAGCAAACCAUUCCUCUUUAGAAGCAAACCAUUCAUCGAGCCAUUUUAUCACUUUUUAGUAAGAAUUGAAGCGCUCCUCAGUAAGUGCGUGUCCAAUCGAUGCAAAUAGGUGCUAGAGUCGGAAGUAAGUCUGUAAGUCUGGCGAGAGUGAGCCGCAUGUGAAAAAACUUCCAAAUCCAAUGACUCAAUCGUUUCACUGAUCGGUUUUACAAUGUGUGAUGGAACAUUUUUAUGCAAUAAAAUCAGUUUGUGUUGGCUUUUUUCGGUAUCCCGGUUAUUUUCCACCCAAAGCUCGAUUCAAAUUGAUCAUUUUCUGUUAGUAGCAUCCAAUAUUAAUGGUUUCGCCAGGCUUGAGUUACUCACAGAAGAUCAAAUUGUUCUGAUUCCAUCAAAAACAUAGAGCAUUGUCUUCCGUUCAUAACGUUUUGGUCGUGCAACCGAUAUUGAUGGCUCCCCUGUACUUACCCAAGAUGUCGUUGAUGCUUUGGAUACUCGAAAUAAAUCCAUUUUGCAUCGCCAGUCACAAUUCGAUGGAGAACUGGAUGGAAAACUGCCCUUCUUUUGUACCUGGCGGGUUCAGCUCAUGCGGAACUAGUUCGCCGAUCCUCUGGAUUAAGGUUUCCCAAGCGCACAAAGAUGACUAGCUCACUGUCCUCAAACUUUUUCGGAAGUUUCCACGCUCUUCGUUUCCCACACGUCAAAAUGACAAUUUUUAAUUUUUUUCUGGACCGAAGGAAGAAUGUCGGGCGUGAGAAUUGAACUUUUGACCUUUAGCGUGAGAGGUACGGAUAUUAACCACUACGCCAGAUCACCUUCAGACUCCCCCCUAUAUGGCUAAGUGCGGCCAAGAUAUUGCCAUGAUUGUGUGCGGCCAAGAUACUUCCACUCUGAAAGUGUGUUUUGAGAAUUGUACACAUUUGAUAAGUCUCCUUUUUUUGGCAACUUUCACCGGGAUGUCUUGCAUCCAAUCGGUCGGAAAAGUUGCGGUUCGCCAGAUGUCGCCGAAGUGUUGAUGGAUCAGCAUCAGUCAUUCAUGUCCUCGCGUUGGCUCUGAAUUGCUGGAAAUAAUUGUGAGUGAAGUAUUUCGCUUCAACUGCUUCAACUACAUCGCUCGAGAAGAACAACAUGGCUUUGGACAAGACAUAUCUGUUGAUACAGAUCUGAUGGAGUUCAUCACGUUUUGCGUUGAUAACAAUUGGAUUCGGUAACCAAGUUAAUCCCCUCGUCGCAGAUCUGAAAUCAGCUUUUUGAUCGAAUUGAACUCGGAUUUUCAAAGGUUUCAGUCGCUGUUUGGAAUCGUACCUGGAGGGUAAACUGUCGCAAAUCAAAAUAGGUUCUUCCCUGUCAGAGAUUUUCGUUAACGAAAUUGGAGUUCCCCAAGACAGCGCAAUCUCGUUCUUUUGUUGUUUACGGUAUUUUUUAGCUCAGACAGACAUUUUACUACCAUCAGUCUGACAACCGUAAUCGACAAAGCGAACCGACAGCGUGGAUUUAUGUUCAAGAUGAGUUUGAUAAUCCGCACAUUACUUUCGUUCUUCAUAUUGUACGCACGUUCAUUCUAUCCCAGAAAUUAUCUCAAUUGCGUGAUUGGUCUUUUUCGAUGCUAGUAGCGAAUGAACUUUGUAGUUUAAAGCCUCUAGAAUACAGAAAAUCAAUCAAUCAAUCCCCAAUUGUGUGGUCGUCUUAUCACAGCAACUGAACGAAUCGGAUGAAAGACAUUCAGCGUAAAUUUGUUCAGUACACCGUCAGACAGACCUUACCUUGGAAUAACCCGCAAAAUAUAUCGCCUUGCGCGAAACUCGCUAUCAGUUUUCAGGACUGACAUCUCUCGAAAAAAGAAGGAAACUGGCAAAGGCUGGCUUCCGUGUUUCCGUAAAAAUCAGAUGGAUCCGUAGAUCUGCUGAUUGUCAGUCAGUAGACUUACUGAAUUUUUGUAGAUCUAAUUUUCCGCAGAUCUACUGAUAUUCUGUAGCUCUAUUGAUUUCUAGUAGAUUUUUUCGUUUUCCGUGAAUCUUCUGGUGUUCCGUAGAUCUACUAGCUCUCUAUAAAUAGGGUUACCAUCUUUCCCGAUUUAGCAGGACAUGUCCUGAUUUUGAGAUCUAUUUGGACCGUCCCGAUUUAUUUUUCACAAUUUAGCUUUUGUUGUGAUUUUCAUGAAAAAUUCAACCUUGUUGCGGAAUCAGAAUUAUUUUCAUUGUAUUAUGUUUUUGAGUGAAAACUUUUUUUUUAAAUGAAGACCAAAGUUCUGUGAGCAUAUAAAGAGUAGCAGUUGGAUCUUCCACGAGAUUUUUCAACUAUUUUCAUUUAGAGAUUUUGCUCCACUGGUCACGGAGAUGUUUGGGUGUUUUGUCGCGAUAUUUCAAAGUAAUGUUUUUCAAAUGUCUAAACAAAAGUGUCUUCUUGCCGACGACUUGCGCCCCUUUCUCACAAAAGUACUUAAGGAUCAUGAGGCCAACGCUACAUAUUCAUAAGUGUCGGUGGCUCAUAGCGGUAUUUCGAUUAAGCCAUUUUGUUGAAACCGAAGUUUGAAAUCAGCAAUGAAACAUUACAGGUAGAUCUGAUUAGGAAAAGCAUACCCAAGCACCUAAACAUUGCCAGAAUAUUCGAUUGGAGUCCACUUCCAAAUCCAUGCUGAGCUUUGUGGUGCAGAAAUCCAACCGCUCAGAAAAUUUGGGUUGCAGAAGGAGCUCUUGCGUUUCAUACCAUGUGCCUCGUACUUCGGUACUAUUGCACUUGAUGUUUUAUGACUCUGAAACCGUGCUUCCUGUGCUCGUAAGAAGACAGAAGCCAUCAUCUCCGGAGCAGUUUCACCGAAUGGAUCGCCCAAUAUGUUAAAUAAAUUUCACGUGUUCUUAUUUAUUCAUAAUUCCAACAAUCACAAUGGUUUGGUCAUGAUCGUAACUGUGACAGGUGUUCUGAUUUUCAACUCCGAUCAGAUGGUAUGCCUAUCUAUAGAUCAACUGAUAUUCCGUAGAUCUGCUGGUUUUCCGUUGAUCUACUAAUUUUUGGUAGACCUUCUGAUUCUCCGUAGGUCCCCAGAAUCGCUAGAGGCAAAUAUUCAAAGUUGCAUUUUUCAUAGGUGCAAUUUGUCUUGGCACACAACACCAAUGCUAUCGCCAUUUUUCGUUCGCACAACGUGAACUGCGUAUGGUCUACGUGAUCAGACAAGAGAUACAAUUUAGAUUUUGGUUCGACCCCAUCUGUUGUCCUUCGGACAAUCGACGUGAUCAGUCUACGACGAUGUCUCGAUCGAAGACCACAUGGCUGCGUCGUCUGUCAGCUACGAUUGUAUAGGUGUACUCUCAACAAAGAGCCACUGCUUCUUAUUUGUGGCACAAUCUUCAAUUUAACACCCACACACACCACGCUCCCACUGUGUGUGCAAUAUGCUGACGAUAAACCGCUCGAGUGGUGCGUUGUGUUUUUUUUUUUUGCAUGUUGCGUGUUUUAUGUGGUAUCGUAACACACGACGUCUACACAACCCUAGCGCGACGGGAACCCAACACCUAGAUCACACUAGCAGCAGUAGCAGCAGCACGUUUGUGUUGUAUAAGCGCGAGGCGCAAAAUACGGCAACGCGGCGGCGAUCGCGACCACUUCUUUCGCAUUUUAGUUACCACGACGUGGAUCACAGCAAAAAAAAACAGGCAGACAGACUAUUUUCUGGUGGCUACCCCCGUGUUGUUGCGAGUGGGUUUCAUGAAGAUUCGCAAUCGCGCGGAUGAGUCAUCCGCGCGCCUGUUGAUGAGGUAGUAUUUCGAAACACACACACACACGCUUCGAAGAUGAAGAUCAUACCUGAAUCGGGGGUGGGUUGGGAGAUCCAUUCCGAAACUGGGAUCUAGUAGGGGGAGCUAGGGACAAACGAUUACCGAGACGUACUAAUUGAUGCGAGAAUUACAAGGAAUACAAAGACCCACCGUCCAACAAUAAUAAUCCUAUUGGGAGGCGAAUCGCGAAUCGAAAGAGAGUGUGUGUGAUAUAGGCGGGAAGAGCAAACCAAGGAAGGCAACCUAACAUGGAACAAAUUCUAUACAUUAUAUGUAUAUUGCAUAGUUUUUUUUAUAUAUAUAUAUAUAUAUAUUAAUCGUUUACGAUCUCCAUUCAAAACACGAGAGAAUGGUGUGUUUAGGUUUUACUUCCUAUGUCCCUUUUCGAUGAGGAUUGGUUUGAAAGCUACAGCGUGUGUGACGUUGUGUGCAUUUUAACAGUGUUGACGGUAUUCUGUAGUGUGAUUGCGAAUAAGUGUAUGAAUGUGCGCUUGCGUGUGUUAUUAAUGCGCAAUACAAAGUUGUUCAUUGGGUAGUCUUCUUCCGCAUGACAGACAAUCUCCUUCCGAUAUGACAGCGGUCAAGAGGAGGCUAUCAAAUGCCAAUAGGGAAGAGACACGAUGUGUUUGACGUUUGACGAGCGAAAUCGAUGAGGAAACCAUAUCUGACAGGCGCGAAGCGAGGGGUGAUUAAUUUGAAUGUCUAUCCAGCUCAACAUCCCUAAAGCUCGGAACCGAGUUCUCCAGAUAUGGGCCUUGGGCGCAAAGGUGUGUUUCGGUGUAGUUGGUCGUCGUGUUUGUAGAAAGUUUAGAAAUCGUGUCUCGCGGAACAUGGGCGACCAGAGAGAGGAGACACAAAAUAAUGAGUGAUGUCGGUGGUUGUUUUUUUCAUCCAUUUGUUUGCACCCAGGAACUCGUUUGAAACGCGUGGAACGUGAAAAAACAUGUCGGGACCAGUUCGUGCUCUGUUCGCCUUUUUUCCCCCUCGCUUCGAUAUUUUUCGCAAUUGACGACACCUCGUAGCUGUAUUAACGAUCGAGAAAAUGUGUACCGGUUUUGUUUUUCGUGCGCAGUUAGGAACAAUGAACCAAUCUUUGAAGUUGUCUCUAGGAUCCCUGUUCGAAUCCGACUAGUUGUUGUUCUCUAACAGAAAGCUCAAAUAGUUCAAUUGAUUCCCAAAUGAAAAUGGCGUCGAUUGGUAGACUGCGCAGCGUGCGCAACACGGUGGGCAAAUUAUAAUUUCAAAUUACCUUUUCAACUCGGCUUCGCGUCGUAAAGCUGCAGCUGCCAGCGUUGCGUGAGUGCGCAGCACCGCGUUUCUGCAGCUGCGCUCUCCUCUUCGCUUCGCUUUUAUUGAGACACCGCAUAUCAGAGUUUGGCAUAAAUGUCAAACUCGGAUGCCCUUCGCGCGCGCACAAUCAGUAUAGAACCGCACAAAACAUUCUGAUUACAAUUGAAGCCACGAUAGCAGCAGCAGCAGCGUGUUGUGGUGUUGAUUGCGCGUUAAUAGGGUGGCGGCGACGAGUUUUUUUUUCAUUAUCAGUCCUCCCGAAUGUUGUUUUGCCUUGGGAAUUGCGCGUGGGAAAAAUGGCCGCGCGUCAUCGUCGCGCGCGAUUGCUAUCAGUUCCGGUUGGUUGUUGUUUCGAAGGUGUGUGUAGACCAGAGCAAAAAGCACCUACCACCACUACCAUACUAGGAAAUGCGAUUGAAGUAUUCGAUUGUCAGGUCAAUCGAAGAUUCCAGAAUCGUUGUACAAACUGUACGAUGUGGCUCUUCGUCUCAAUCCUCUCUAAAGUAUCCAAUGAAAAGAAGUUUUUUUUGAACUUGUGUUAAAUCAUUCGCCUUCCUCGGUAAUAUCAACACUAAACUUGUUCGACCAAACAGGGCAGAGAAUGUGUGAUUUGGGACAUUAGAAACUCCGAAACCUUGGAAACAAUUCUUCGGCUUAAGAAAGGUUCAAGUUCGAUUGGCUAACAACAAUCCUCAUACCGUGAGAGAUUGGAAGGGUCGUUCCAAUGUAGUCGUCUAAGAGCGAAGUGGGAAAACUUGCGAUGAUUUGCGUCUAUUUGUUGUGUACCGUUUUGGUAGUAAAGUGCCCUUGCAGCGGGUGCUCACUCCAAUGAAGAUCGUACCAACAAACAAUACACAACCUUCAGGCAAUGAACAUCGGUGAAUUGUUUUGCAGCACGAGAAAUGAAGCCAAGACAUUUUGAGGCAUUGGUGGUUAUGCUUUGAAGCUUGGAGAUCUGAGAGAUCUCUAGGUAGAUUAUCGAGAGUUAAAGUUUGAAGCCAUCGGCGCACACCGAAGGUUGAAACACAACCGGAUAGGAAUUGAGCCAUGCCAGUAAUGUACAAGAACAAUCGAGACGUUCCAGUUCUGCUAUCAAGAUUCCACGAUGGAGUUUAUCGAAGGCAACUUGCUCUGUGAUCUUCAAUAAUUUCACGAUGAAGGGCAUGGGGAUUGAUGGCUGCGCAGUCCGCUUACCAAGCGAACUAUCGUAAGGUCACUCCCAGGACCCUCCUUAGAUUGAUUGAUCUAAAAGACUGUAAGCGAACGAACUUUGUAGUCUAAAGCCUUUAUAAUAGAAAAAAUCAAUCGAUCGAGUUAUGAGACACUUGCAGGAAAUUUUGUUGCCAAGUACCAGCAAGGUUUUCGAGAGGAACGUUCCACAACGGACUGAACAUUCCUCAAUACACUGGGAAAACGAAAAGAGUAGAUCUCUUAAUCGGCUUCAGCCUUCAAGAUCGGCGUUGGACAAGAGUGGAUACGCAUCUUUUAGUAAUUAGGUUGUGUAUGAAUUGGUCAAAGGCAUAGAGUAGGACGGAAAUUGAAAUUUCAACCGAUUCUCCUACAAAUAGGUCACGCAGUAAGUCUUCCUAGUCGACAGAAGCCAGAAGCUGGUUCAUUCUUUAGAUGCCAAUAAGCUGCAAAGCUUAAGGCGGGACCGCGGUCUGGAAGGUCGAAAGAAUCGAUUUUUUUUUGCAUUUUUGGGAAGCUUAUGCCCUCAGAAAUGUUGUCCUUAAAGGAUUUUAAGGAGUCUAUGGGUCACCUCAAGUGAAUAGAACGCGUUUUUCUCAAAACCAUGUUUUGUCAUCUGGUGGUAUCAAUAUUUCAGAAUCUACUCGACCGAUUUGGCUGAAAUUUUUUAUCAGCAUGUAAAAAUGAAUUAUCUAAAGCGUUACAUACCCGUUUUUGGAUAACUAAUUUUUUCGAUUUUUUAUGAGCUUUCAAACAGCGAUUUUUCAUGAUGAAUAAUUCAUUUUUAACAAAAAUGGCCACCAUUUUGGCUAUUUGUCGAAUAAAUUUUCAAUAACCCCAAUAACGCUCUGGGCAUUAUCCUAAAAUUUCAUAACAUUCAUUGGAAUUCGUUCUGCGACACCCCGUUGCUUCAGAAUCGAUACCACCAGCAAAGACCGAUUUUUAGACAGCAUUUUUACGCUGUCAACAGCGUAAUAAUCAUUGUUACUGCAUCCAAAAAAUGGAAAACACAUCUUCAACUAUACCUUAAACAAUAACCAAAAUACCCGAAAAUUUCACUUCAUUUCUAACAUCCGAAAAAAAUCACGAAAAUUCAUUUUUUUGCUUCAAGACAAGAGUCCCCCCUUAAAAACCUUUUGAAAACAAUAUAGAAGAGUAGUGUUAAUUCUUUUUGGGUCCGUUUCCCUGAGGUUAACGAGUUACUUCAGUGGCUGAUGUGAAUUCAUUCAGGAAUACAUUCAUCUAUGAACAGGAAAGGUGGGAUGCUGCUAACAAAGCAUAGGCCGAGUAGACGAUUUGAGGACCGUUAGAGUUGAGUUGAAUCAGCCCUGCUGUGAUAUAGUCAUCCAAAAGUUGUAUUCCAUCUAAAUUCAUCGAUGAGCGAACAAGCUUGGGAUAUAGAGAGCCUGAAGUAUCUUGAGACCAGCUAAUAGAGCGCAUGCGAGAACCCACAUGCACAGUGCAGAGUCCAUCGCCCUGUUGUGAUGUCCCUGACAGCCCCAUAACGUUUCCGACAGAUAGUUCGCACAUGUCUUGGCAGCUUUUGGAGAAACCCCCCAUUGUUCAUGAUACUCUUCAUAGCUGUCGUCCGUCGAUGGUACACUAUGCGGCUUCGAAGUCGUCGAAGUAGCGUGGUGCGUUGGAAUUUGAUACUCGCAAAUCUUUUGGAGAAUCCAUCACUGGGUUGAAAUCUGUCACUCGUCAUCGCGCAUGCCCGGUUGCGAUUCCGGUCUGAAAUUUCCCACAAAUCUGCAUUGAAUUUUGUAGGCAUUACUAAUAGAUGGGACAGAUUACAGCGGUCCAGACCCUGGAUAUCAACCGACGCAUACAUUGUCUAAGUUUUGCCGGGCUUCCCAAAAAGAGCUCCUCUUCGAUCGCUUCCUUUUAAGUUGCUUUGUGGUUUUUUAAUCUUAUCUUCACUCAUCGAAUUGUGUGUUUAUUGUUCACUGUACUAGUGUAGUCCUCUCCAACGCCGCCGUGACCGUGCUGCCUCUUCGGAACGUUGCAAUUGGUCCAUCUUCGAAUACUUCCAGGUGGUGAUUUUUCUCGAAAGAGAUGUGUUUGCUGUCUUAAUUUCGGUCGGUAUUGGUUCCACAUUCUGUCUCGCUCGACAGUCGUCAUCAAACCAAUCGUUCCGUUGACCUCUUUGUUGAUACCCGAUGACGAUCUCUGCUAAGCUGUCUUCAAGGUACUCGAGCAUUUCUCAAGGAUAGCAACAGUUAGCUCAUCUACCGCUGGGCAUAUCUUGCAGUAACGUUCGGUCGCUGCAAUCGUCGUAGGUGACACACCGUGGUAAGAUCUAAUGUCUUAUGAUAGUUUAGAACGCAUGAUGAUAAUCCCCAGAUAGUGGUCAGAGUGGCACUAACACUGUAGCUUCUGUUGUCGAUGAUGUCUGAGAAUUGCCGACCAUCGAUCAAAACGUGAUCAAUUUGUGUUCCCGUUUACUGUGUUGGUCCUCCAGGACCAUCAGAAUACAUUCUUUAAGUUGCGUCGAAGUUCGUAUGCACCAGAAGUCUUGUAUGCUUUUGAGCAGUUAGUGCGUAUUUGAACCGCACAUCUAAUAUGUCUGUUGAGGCUUUCCAGGAAGCAAGCCAUUUUUUGAUAUCUCCAUAAGACGGAACUGCGGAUCAGCCAGACCAUGUGCCAUUUAACGGAACAAAUCAUGAUCGGAUGUUGCAAUAUAUUCGAGAAUAUGGCUAAUGGGAUAGGUCUCCCCAUUUGGGUGGUUCCAGGUUUUUCUUAAGGGGUUUGCGCUGUAGAAUCACUAUUUUAUGCCUCUGUACACUAUGAUCGUUUUUCGCACAGUGCUCAUCGACAAAAUUUCAAACUGAAUCUUCAAAAGCAAUACAACUGAACAACCGAGGCUGUUGUAGUUGAUUGAGCGUAAUACUUGUAUAUGAAAACAUAGUCGUAUACCGUACACGACGGUAACUGUGUAUGCCGCAUGACAUUCUCACUGUGCAGCUUUCGCAAAUAGAUACCUCGGAUAAUGAUUGUCAUAGGAAAAUGAAGGUCAUCCUUUGGAAUACUGUCGUGAAGCAGAUCAUUUGGUACUGCUUCACGACUUGGUCGUCCUGGUCUGGUAAGAGUUUGGAAAUUGGUGUACGAAGGUCACAGAAGUUGUACCACCAUAAUUGCACAGUCUAUCAUGCUUUAAGGCUUCAUAGAUUGCACUGAUAUAACCAGCGUCAAUCGUAGAACGGCUUUCGGACUAUUAAUAAGGGAGUAAGCAGCAAGAAUUGGGCUCAUCAAAAACUCGUAACAUCUUAGUCAGGGCUUGUCAUAUUCGAAGCUUUGAAAUGAAUAUGGUUAUUAGCAUAUUCACUUCAGCCAAACCUAGUGAAAGUGAAAACGGAAUAUUCUUCACGCGUGCUGAAAAGUCGAUUCUUCUGUUUCGUUCAUCUUUGAUUUAGAAAGCAGAAGCUUCCAGUGGUGAUUAUACUGCUCUGUGUUCUAUCAACAACAAUUAACAAUUAAUAUGGUGUUCGUGUGUGUAUUUCCUAUCGUUUCCAUCGGCUUCGUUUAGCAGAAAACUUUGAACCUGAAAUGUUAUUUUUACGCAAGUCGGCGCAUUAGUAGGUAAUAGUGAUCACUUCAUACAUAGCUGACUGUAUUUGCCCUGUCGCACUUGAAGAUGCAGAGAAGUGGGUUUGGUUUGAACCCGGUAGUAGCUACUGCUUAUUUCGUAGUGUUGUGUUGCGUGCGGGUUGUGUGGUGUAGUCAAGUGUAGCCAUCGGAUUACAUUCUUCGCGGUGGAGAAGUUUCACCCAAACAGGAAAGAUAAUUCGAGAUAAUAUGGAAAUUACAAAUAAAUUACCUUCGAUAAUUUUGCAUCCAUUUUUUUUCGAAGAAUGAUCUCACGGAAUUCCCGCUCUACGAACUCUUCACCGUUCUUCCGACCAUGCGUCCCAUAUGAGGUCAGUAGUCCACUCAUCGAGAUCGUUCGCAUGCACUUUUUUUUAUCUACUUUUUCGCACUUCGUCCCGAGGCGGCGAGAUUAGUGCCAUUCAAUGUGUUUUUCUGUGCAAUUUCGCUGAUUCUGGUCAAUCACGGAGAGCAACUACGAAGUGUACAGUCUACCCAAGCUCAUCCCGAGGCAGCGAGGCAUGACCGAUCGUCUUAUCCUGGCUGCUGAGUGCCAAGAUGACACUGGUCGAGUCCGUGAGGAUGAUUUCCGUAGGUUUUUCCGUUUGGAUAAGAUAGGGCGAUAAUAAUGACCACGGCUCCGAUCGUGAAGAAACUGAAAACUGGUUUUGGAGGGUUUUGGAAAAUGGUGUACGGAAUACAGGGAAGUUGUUGCACCAUCAAUACGGAGUCACAUACUUUUUUUUGUUUCCCCGAACUACAUCGAUAUAACCGGCAUUGAUCACAAAGCCUUGGAAGAGGCUUUCCGGUCGUUCAAGAGGAAAUAAGCAGUAAGAAGUGGGCUCAUCAUAGAUUCGUAUCAAUGCAAAGUACAUGGCAGGUUUGGUGGCGUGGUACAGUCAAUCGGGUGUCUGUACUGCGAUCAUGAUCGUUGAUGGGGAUGGAGUUGAAGUGAUCGAUGGAUUUGUUAUCUUAUUUUGGUUUUGUCAUUUUCGAAGCGAAGAAAUGAGAAUAUUUUUUCCGCUUGUUCCUUCCACACCAGCCAAAGCCAGUUCCGAUUGACUCAUUCUAGUUUAUCGGGGUGAAGUGGAAUCGGUAUAUUCUUCACGCAUACUGAAGCAUUCUUUUCUUCUGUUUCGUUCAUUUGUGCUGUCGUUUUCCUCCAAUUUGGGAAGCAGAAGCUCUUUCAGUGAUGAUCUCCGUAAUGUGUCAAAGUCCCCAUGCGAACGUAUUGGAGGAUCAUCCGUUUCAUUUGAUUGUCCCAGACCGUCUUAAAAAAAAGUGGUAUUAAAAGAGACAUAUGAGGACAUAUAGCAGUCACGUUUACCACUACACCGAUAAAUACAACAAAUAAAUAUUACACGAAUAAGUGAAUGUUUCGAUUCGCUCUGAAAAUGAUGAUUGGAAGGAAAAGGGAUAUUUGUUCUAUUCAGCAUGGAUAAAGAGAGCAGCUCUGUACAUUGUGCCAGCGUGAAUAAGGUGCAACUUGAAGUGCGGGAGGCCCAUUAUUGAGUGACAAUUCGUCAAUGAGAGAGAUUUUUUAGGCCCCAGAUCUUGUUAGACGUAUGUUCACAAAGUAAGCCUUAGUAAGCUUUCAUGGCGUGGUCGGAUUAUGGUUGAUCGCGAAUAGGUUUGAAUAUCUUUGAAAAGUUUCCCAAGGUUGAAUGGCUGGUUGAAGUUCCUUGGAGUAGCGAGCGCUAGGCUCAACUGGGAAAGACGCUGCCUCAGAUCGUGUCGUUUGGUAACAUCAAAUCCAGAAUUUUGACAAAGGGCAGAUAAUCGAUUUGUCGCCGUGAAAGUAAGAAAGAUGUGUUUCGUGAGCUCAAUUCUGGAAAUAAUAGUAGCUAGAAUACGCUGAAUAUCAGUUGUCAAACUGUUUUGAAGUUCCUGAAGUUUGUCUGCAAGUUCUAAUGAACACACUAUAAUUGACUUUGUAUCGCGCACGUGUUGUAAUGCUUGUAAUUGUAUGUUCUGACUGGAUAAAGAAUACCGUAUUCGUGUGACUGUGUGAGCAUGAGACUGUGUGGACGCGAGUGUGUGUGUGUGCGUGAAGGGGUAGCUCUAAGUUCUUAUAUGUUUAUAUUAGGUAUGUAAAUGUUUUACAAAAUGGAUCUGAGAAAAAAGUGGAAAGACAAAUAAAACACAAAUAAAUAAACACUCAUUACAACCAUCAUCCCCCCUUUGAGGGAGGGAAAAAAAGAGUAACACCGGAAAACAUUUCGUUAAUUUACUAACGACUGCCAUUUUAAGCAUAUGGUGAAAGCUAUUUAGCCUACCCAGCAGAUGAUAACACACGAAAUGGGUGGGUAGGAGGAUAGGGACACUCACCAAGGGAUGAUGGAACGGAUUUUAUUUUUCUGUUCAUAACUUUUACGUUUGUUGUACAUAUAUUGACAUUUUUACGAUUGCAAUAAACACACACACACGCAGAGAAAAAAAAAUGCGAAACAAACAAAAAAAUCAAACAAGCGCGCGUCUUCAACCGUGUUUGAUAUGAUGAACCAAUGAAUGCGAACAUCAACUUCAUUGCUUUAGCACCUCCCGUGCUGUGAAAUAUACAUAUUUACAGCCUUUCGCCGGGCCCAUCUAUCGGAAAACAUUACGCGGGGAUCGGACGCGGAACGCGGAGGAAAGAUCACGAUCUUGACGUGUUGAAAAAUUGUUCCUCAGUCAGCAAAUCUCCUACAUCCACAGACCGCGGAAAAAAAAUAAAUGGGACAAUUUUUCUAUCACUUGUGCACUUCUGGCCAUUGUAACACUUUAAUUUUGUAUUUUAACUUUUAAAUUCAUUUUCAAAACGCCGAUUGAUACAUUUGAAAAAAAACCUAGCUGUGAUUUUUGUAAAAAAAAAUGCACAUAUGCAAGCAAUUUUUCCUACGAAAUCCUUCGAAGGGGAUCACUCUCGUUGUCCUGCCGGUCACCCUUUGCCAUCCUGCAUGAUGCAUAAUUUUGUUUUUGCCAGACACAAGCCGUCGAGGCGAGUCAAAAGCAACCCCCUAGUCAAAAAAAAUGGUCGUCGCUGGUUGCAUUUUCUUCCUUGCUGAGAGAGGGAUCGCGUGAUAUUAGAGAUUGUGUAUUAAAUUUGGUGUACCCUGGCAGGCAGGCGGCUGCUGCGAGUUUUUAGAAAGUAGCAAAUACUGCGGCAACGUUGCAUCUCGCCGCGCGUCUCGCUCGCAGCUGCCGCGAAAGUGGUAAACGGUUUAUGUAGGAUCAAGGGAAAAACGAGCGAGAGUGCCUAUGGGAGAUUUCGUAGGAACGCAAUUUCAAAAGCGUGCUCUGGCGGUUUGCUUUUACUUGUGGGGCACUGUGUUUUUUUCGCGCGUCCCAAACGGGACCGGAAGCACAGCCCGAAAAGCAUUAGCAAAACCCGCAAAACCGAACUGUGAUUCCUUUCUUCGAUGUAACGAUUGUGUUGAGAUUGAUUGAUUGUCAAUUGGGGCUGCCUCCCUCCCAACCUACAGGUAUGGUUUGGUGGGAGAACCCUUUUCCGAAGUUAUGAACGAUUGGGAGUUUAAUUUUUCUCUUUCAACAUGGACUGACUGUAGCAACAAAACACACAUAGACACACAAAUACCACGGGGUGCAAAAUAGAUGAUAGGAAUAGGAUAGGAUCGAGAUAGGCGAGAGAGAGAGAAAGGGAUUUAGACACGGUGUGAAUAUUUUCCGGUACCUGGGCUUUAAGAAGAAGAAAAAAAAACAUACAAAAAACGUGAUUUAGCUGAGUCCCCCCCGGGCGCAACAGAUCCGAGCGCGCGCGUGGGGACGAAGAAAGGAAACGAACACUACGAAGGUGAUAUCUGAAAGUCAUACUUAUUUAGUUUUAACCAAAAAACCAUGAAAGUCCCCAAAAAAACGGCGCGGGGAUACGUUACUGUGAGACACCUAAUGUUUGUGUUGUAGCAAAUUAGUUGUGUUGAUUUGACCACGACCACUGAGAUCUAAUCGUAAUAAAACUGGCAGACAAUUUAGAAGAAGAAUACAAACAAAAAAAAAACGCGGCACGCAAAAGAGCCCCCAUGAAAAGUCUGAGAAAAUUUUAUAGGUUCGUUCAGUUAUUAGGAAAAAUCAAGGUGUAGGAGGCAGGAGUAAUUUGUUGUGAUUAAUAAAAUAUAACCGAUUAGUAGAAAAAUGAUGAUGACACCCACGAACGCUUAAUGAAUAUAUUUGAAUGUGAUAAUAUAUAUUUUUAUAUAUAUUUGGAUAAACAAAAAAUCGAAAGAAAGAAAGAACAUGAAAACAAUAGCUAAGAAAAAAAUAAGUACCAUCUAUGCGCUAAAUAACAUAAGGCACAAGAGAAAAACAAAGUCCAUUAAAAAAACCCGUUUCUAUAGUGUUGACGGCAGUUUAGCGAGUAUCUAGUGAUUACACACACAAAACCACAAAAGAAGAAAAAAAAACGUUACAAACACUCACCCACAUCCAUAAGAAUCGAAACAAUUGGAUCAUGUUCGGCUAAAUAUGGGUAAACAAAAAAAUACAAUUGUGAUGUUAACAAAAUGAGAGCAUACGAAAUAGAGAGAGAUAUCAGUUACAUUUUUUAUAUAUAUUGAGCAGAGCUAAAAUAAAACUAUUUAUAAAAAAAUACUAUCACAUUCAUUGAUAUUUUUAAUCAGUAAUCAUUUUUUGAAUAAGAGGGAAAAAAACCAAAGCAAAGCAAAAAAAAAACAGAAAAAAACAAGUAUCAGUUAUGUUCACGUGAUAAUAAUGGUGGAAAAACUCUUCAUUUGUUUCUGCUCGUGUAGCGCGCCGAUAAGCGCUCGCUUCUUCGGUUCCUUCGUGUUGCUAUUCUUCUGUGUCACGUCACGGUUUACAGAGUUGGCCCAAAAAAAGUCAAGCAGAAAGUUGUACACAACCGCAAAAUAAUUGAAGAAUGAAAAAUUCCAUCAAUAAACUGUUUGAUACAAAUUUGAAGGCCUAGAAAAGGGCCGCUACUGCCUCCAUCCUACCUGUGGCGUGAGUUCUUUCAUAUUCUCAUACCCCAGAGAGUUCCCGCAGUGCUUGCCUGUGUCGUCAGAUUGACGAUUUUUCUAUUGUAGUGGCUUCAAACUACAAAAUUCAUUCGCCUCUAGACUUGAGGAAGACUAUUUUAACAUCAACCAAUUGAGGGUUCUGGUAUGGAACCCACAGUCGUUCCAUUACGAUUCAUCUUCCGGCCUGCACGAAUUUAACAGCAAUUCCACAGAAAUAAGUUACACGAUUUCUCCAAAUUUCGUAAUAUUUGGUGGGAUCGUUCCUUAUCGAAAAGACUGGUCUUUUUUUAUCGAGGUCCUUUUGUAAAUUGUAAAACUAAAUUACUUUUCAUUUAAAACUAUUAAAACAAGUAGUCGUUGCAGACCAUUGCACUAUAAGAACAGAAAGUUUUUGUAAACCAAAUCAAAAUUUCAAAUUUUCGGGGAAAAUGACAGAAAACGGCCCAGCGGUUGAGAAGCUAUGAUUUUUUGGACCAUGGGUCUAACAUGGGAAGGACCAGCCCAAUAACUGUGGAUUUGCUGUACAGAAAGCUCUCACGCUAUUUCAAAACACAACUAUUGAAAAAUCUACAUUUUUUGUAUUGCUAUAGAUUGCUAGGUUACAGCAUUGUCAACAGACAGUGUCCAAUUGUAUUGCUGAAAAAAUCAUGCAAGUCCAUCGAAACAUGACUACGUCAAAAUUGGACAAUUUAGUUUGUGUAUCCGGAAUAUAUUCCUGAAAAAUGUAAUCCUACGUCAAAAUAAAAGUUCAUUGUAUGAAAUCAGAAUGAGCGUGAGCAGUUGGUGAUUUCUGGGCGAUCUUACGCAGCUCAAUAGAUUCAACGGAAAAACAUUACAAGCGUCAAUGCUCCACCUCACGUUCGGGAAUGUUUUCAGUUUUGCGUUCUUGAACAUUUCCUGUAUUUUUUACAUCUAGGUUUGACAAAGAAAUCGGUCACAAUUCUUCUGGGAUGAUGUUUGGUAAAUCAAUGUAACACCACAUCUACUGUGUCUUUUUUACUGCACUAGAAACUAGUGCAGUAAAAAAAACUAGCACUAGUUAUCGCUAUAAACUUUAUUGUGAAAAAAUUGUUAGAAAGAUUGAUCCAGAGUAUUGUCCAUUACUAGCUAGAGCUUUUCCAUUUUUUUCUGGUUUCUGGUUACGGUUGAAGUCGUCUCGUCUUUUGAUACUAUCCACGACUCAUGUCAUUUUUUGAAGUCUUCCUUCGAGCGCGGAACAACUGGUCAACCAGAGCGUGUACGAAAUCGGACGAAACAAGUAAUGAUCGGAUGGCGCAAGAUCUGGGGAACAUGGCGGGCGAGGUAGGAUUUUUGAGUGCUUUCAAGUAGGUUUCGAAGAGUUUGGCAACAUGAGACCGAGCGUUGUCAUGUUGUAGUAUCACGUUUUUUAAGCCUCUGCGUGACCUUUUUUCACGCAGUGCUCAGCUCAAUCGCAUUGAUUGAAUUCCAUAACGCUCCUGCUCAGUGAUGAUUUCGUCCGGUUUCAAUAUCCCGAAUUUCUGAAAUCUUCCCUUUGAACCAUUUCCAGCGCAUGUUUAUAGUACGGAAAUGGCUUCGCAAGCUCUUCUUGUAUUGUAAAUGUCUCCAACUCAGCAUCUUCUGAGGUUUUUGGCCUUUUUUAACGCGGACGCGAUGUCUGACAUCUAAAUCACCGUAGUUUUAUAUACAGCGCUGUAUCCAUAAAUUUUCUGGUUUCAGUUUCUUUUGUGCUUUUUUAAAUUUUCGGUAAGUUGUGCUCCAUCUGAUUCAACAAAUUCGUUCGAUGGGUUUCUUUCAUUCAUUGCCCAACCGAAUUCGACGCGUUCGGCCUGGUGACGGUUUUCUGGACUCUGAGUUCGCCGCGAAAGGGGCCGAGUGUGAAGCGAAAGGAGAAGAGCAUUUUUUGUUGAGUUUGGAAAGAAACGUGAAUAAGGUGCAACUUGAAAUGCGGUAGUUUCAUUCUCGAGUGACGAGUUGUCCAUGAGUUUCUUUGUCAUGGCUCUGGUUCUGAGCUCAUUUGAAAAUUCAGAGCUCUCUUCGAGCAGAGCCUAUGCUUCGAGCCCGUAGAGUAGUCUUGGUCUUGUGGGGAAAAUCGGGACUUGCGGAACACAUGGUUAUCUCCUGAAUUUAUGCUUCAUCUUCGGUUUUUAUCGCUCUGAAGAUUGAGAUGUCUCGGCGGAGAAGCUCUCGACGUCUAAUGAUCCUGUUAUUUUUCGUAGCACCCAUUGACGUAGAACCUGAAAAUAACUUUAUAUAAUUCGGCUAUUUAUCAGUUCCGAUAGUGUUCUAGAAUGCAUCGAAGUUCUAUAAUUAAUUUCCGAUUCGAUUGGCAUGUAAAUCACCAAUAUUCGUUUGAAGCAAAAAUAGUUCUUAUCGUUAAAACUAUUUCAUAAAAACGUGACCGGUUUUCUGAGGGUGUCAUUACUGGAAGACGUAGUCCUACGUCAAAAAUAUAAAGCUAGGCUUCCAGUCAACCAGAUUCGAAUUGCCAUAAGAUUCUGUAGAAGUAGAUUGUGUACAAGCCAUCUCGUACUCUUCAACUUCCUGAUUUCAAUAGUUUUUUGGGUCCUAUUCAGGUUCCGCAUGAAGAUUACCCAACAUUACUCGAUUUGCCGGAGGUUUGGCGCGUUGGGAGGGAUACCAGUUGCACGUUGUUAGCGUCAUACCACUCCAUGGCCUCUUCUGUAAUGGCAAGAUGCAAUCGUGAUGCUUCAGAAAAGAUAUAGGUAGCCUGUCAAAUCAGCUAUGUCUAAGCGAUCUUCGACAGUUCUACAUGCUUGCAAAUGUAUGCUACCUUUUCCCUUCCGAUUGUCGUAUGAUAAUCCAGAUUAGAAACCCACAAACCUUCCACGAACAUUUUUAUCGUGGAUUGGUGACUGUUGAUUUGACCACAUCGAAAGAUCUCGCAAAAAAUGUCUCAUACCUAAAAUUUCCAAUUUAGAUCGCAACAUCUUUGAGGCCUUCGUUCGUUGUAGUCGUCAAUAUCUGAUAAGAUUUUUCACCUCACAGAUGCAACUUCAGAAGUCGAAUCCGUUUGUAGUUCACCUCUCCUCGCUGCUCCUCUUGUGUUGAUACGCGAAAUGAUCAGUUUCGACUACAGAUGCAUAGGUUAUUGGGGCCAACCUUGUACAACCCUGUCUAAAUCGUGACGCCGCUUCCCAAGUGCCACCUGACAGUCGUGUUCACACACUCACUCGACAGGGGGUGUCCUCGCGAUGCCUUCAGGCCUGCAUAUCAUUCUGCCUGACACUUUGUGGAUUCCUCUCAUCCCACCCCUGUGUCAUUCGACACGCACACUACCCGGUAGAUAACGGUUGCGCAAAUGGUCACGCUCACACAACACCCCUUUGCGCAUUCGAUGGAUGUGCGCAUCCCAUUUCGGGUUUGCUGUGGUGGUCCCUACUGGUGGGAAGUCAUCUCAACCAUGCUUUUCCAAUUUUCAUUAGUUUUUUUUUGUUUCUUUUGUGUGCUAGUCAAGCUGUUCGUAUGUUAGGUAUACGUUUAAAAUUUUAAUUCGCGCUCGCGUACAUAGUUCCUAGAAGAGAUGCCAUUUGUCGCCAUAGACCGUUAUCGGGUUCGUCUUGUUGUACUCUUCAUCUUAGAUCUCAGAGAUUUGGUUCCAUUUUGAUCGGUUACUAUACGGACACACGGGUAGAAACAAACAGAAGAGUUUGCCAAGAGAAACUGUAAUGUGUUUGCUUUACUUAUGUCGAGAUGUCGAGGGUGAAAGGAACUCUAUUCACAAUCCAAAACAUACAAAAUGAAAAAAAGGCUGUACGUGUGCUUGAAUACAACAUACACAAAAGAGAGAGAGAAGCUAGGCGCGAGAUAUGAAAAUAUUGUUUUAAAUAUUUUUAAACCGAAAGAUUGAUUCAUAUAUGAUAUAUCUAUAUUGAGCUGAGUGCGACGCAGCGGACGACAUGUGUAGGCUUUUAUAAUAUUUAUAUACAGAGCAUACAAAGGUGAGAGAAAGAACAAAAAAACACAAACAAUUUAUACAAACGCAAGCGCGAAGGGAAAUUUAGUAAUCACCGAAUCAAAAACCCACUAGAGUGGAGGAAGACAACCAACAACAACAACAAGAACAACAACAACAAGCAGAGCAGAAUGAUCAUCUAGAUUAUGUAUAUUGUGAACAACAAAAGACUUUAAGCAAACGUACAAAUUACAUAGGUAACUCGUUUUAUAUAAAACAACAUAUAUAUGAGCACAGACAGAGGUACUGAUUACUGAACAGCUAGGUAAGCGCGGACAGAGGAGGCGAGAUAUAAAACCACCACCACCAUCACCAUCAUCAUCACUUCUCGCAGGAUUUAGAACUCAUUAAUUGCGCCGCGCUUCGACUAGCAACAGGCCGAUUUGUUUUGCAUUUAGUGAGAACGCGACUCCACACCAGCGUUAUCAUCCAAAAUGUCGUCGAUUCUCUUCCGUGUCCGUCGUGUCCCUUUGUGUUCUACUUUUCCUGUCGCUCACGCCCCCGGACUUGGCUGGACGCCGUGAGAAACAGAAACCCGAAAAACACACAAAGCAAAACGACCACCGAUAAUGGGAAAGAGAGGAGUAUCCAACGCGCAGCCGCAGCGAGAGAGUGCGCGUCUAUGUAUGUGUGAAACCAGUUUCCUGCUACCAGCAGCAGCAGCAGCGGGUCGAAAGAGAGAGGUUGUUGUUUUUUCCUCUCUCCGUAUCGUGGGAUAGCUGGUUUGAAGAAACUACGCCGUGAAGCGAAGGAGGAGGAGAAAAACAAAAACUGGAAAAACAACUUUUUCGACCAGCUUUUACAUCCAUCGCUGCGGGAGUUGUUUUGGUGCUGGAUGGGUUUCUUUUCCAUGGGUUUGGAUAUCACCCCCGAAUGACCAGUUGUGUUAUGGGUUGCGCGCGGGGACAGAAAAACAAGAGCGCUUCAUUCAGGAAGGAGGUCAGUCCAAGCGCUAACGAUGGGAUUUCAAGGGUUGUGAGGUGUUUAUGAGGGGUGGUGGCGGUGGUUCAAAAGACGUGUUUUGGAUUAGGAAUAUUUUCUUUCGGCUGUGUGGAUGUUUUCAAGCAGACAAAAAAAAGCUAGACUGCAGCAUUUGUUUAUUUUUCUCUUUUAGUUUUAGAUAGAGUUUUCAGAGUUUUCUGGGAAACGCCGGGAAGAGCACAUUAAUUUCUCGUGUGUGUCGCUAAGACGAAAAGCAAAUGAAGAAAAGGAAAAACGCAAACUAGAAAUGUACAAAUUUUAAUUGCUACUUUUAAUGACGAAAAAUGAAUGAACCUUUGAAUAACAAACAAAAAAGAAACAUUCAUGCAUUCAUGAUUCUCAUCAAAAUUGAAAAGAACAGAAACAAACACCGACAAACACUGAAUACUAAUUAAGAAGAACAAAAAAAAACUAUGAAAAAAACUGUGAUCUAGUGGAAAAAUGAACACGAAUAUUUAUACUAUAAAUAAUCGAUUAAAAAGAAAAAUCAACAAAACAAAAUCAUUGCUAUUGGUUUUUAAUUAUUUCAUUAAGCAACAACAAAUAACAAAAGCAGACAAGAAUCAGCUAAAUACACACACACAGACACACAAACAACAUUUACAAACUGUGAACACCGUAACUUUUAAGGGAGAUGCAAAAGGAAGAAGGAAGAAGAUUCAAAACAACAAGAGAGUACAUGUGUAAAUAUUAUAAAUAUCGAGAAAAUGUUAUAUAUGUAUAGAGAUGUAAAAAGAAGAACUACACAAACACACAACAAAACUCAAUCGCAUCUCCUCCGCCGCGGGAGUGAGCGGAGCUACUUUUCCAAGUUGUGUCGAGAGGGGUUUUUCUUAUAUAUUUUUCCGAGUGCCUGUCGAGUGUGUGUAUGUGCGAGCGUGACGAAGACGAGUGACGAAGGGGUCCCUAUACUGUGUCCACGUUUUUGCUGGGUCACAAAGGACCUGUGACGUUUAACGACGUUUCAAUAGAGCUGUUUUACGCCCCUUUAGUGUAUAACUUCCACCUGCGUAACUUUCAUUUAGUAGUUUUAAAAUGGCCAGCAAACCCAUAAAACCCCACUCAUCGUGCAAAGCUUGGAAGGGGUUUCACCCUCUAUCAACCCGCGGAGAGAGAGAGAGAGAGCGAGAGAGCGUUGAUGGAAAACAAUAAUAUGAAAUUGCAGUAUUUUUUUUGUAAUAAAAAGAAGCAACGUGAAAAAAUGAAAAAUGAACUGAAAAUUGUACAAAAAGAGUAAAAUUUUAUAAGAAAACCGCACGAGAAAAAAUAUAAAGUUAUCCGAAAGUUGUUGAAGCAUUUAUAUACGUAAUUUAAAUUUAUAGGAACCUAUAGUUUUUAUUAUUUAAAACUGAAACAUCAAAGUUACAACUGAAGGGAACGCGGCGAACAACAAGAGCUGCUGACGAGAGUGAUGUUCGUGUAAAAUAGAUGCAACAAAACAACUAAGUAAGAACGAUAAAAAAUGAUGACCGGAAGUAGGAAAAAAACUCUGUGUAUAUGUAUAAUGUAAAUUUUUUGAGGAUUAGGGGUCCAUGUAAAUUGAUUCACUAUUACUAUUUAUUCUCUUUAUUUCGACAAACCCGAAUCGUUGCUAUGUACGAAAGAAGCUGAGCGAAGCAAUGGUCAAAUAAACUUCCGAAACUCUCGUCGACACAUAUUGAUAAAAUGUUUGUUCGCUCGGUAAUGCACGCGCCCCCUCAUUUCCGUACUCUCGACAUUCAUCUGUUGCGAUGCUUCGAGCAUUUGCCGGGAUUCAGUCGGUACAUGAGGCCACGCGUUUUCCCCCUAAGGAGGAGACAAAGCAUUUUAACUAAACAGAUAAGUUGAACCACGGCAUCAAAACAGCAGUGGUGUCAUCCGGUCGAUUGUAGCACCAAACGUCUAGAGUAUUCAUCUUUGUAAUAGACAUUUUAAAAUUAUCGCUAAUGAACCCUAUAAACAACAACAAAAAAACCAAAAUUGAAGAAAAUUUAAUAUCCGAUACUCUAUUGUUUAGAUGUGACUUACUAUUCUAUCUUGAAAAAAAAAGAAGCAAACGCAACUUAGUGGAAAUAACAAAGAUUAUGAAUAUACAUUUUGAAGAAAGAAAAGUAUAUUGUAAAUUGAGAAAAAAAUAAACCGAAUAAAAUAGAUAUAUACGUUCAUUCACAUUACAAAGAUGCACUCUUGCGUUCGCGAGAAUUAACACAUUCACUGUUUUUUUUUGUGAAAAAAUAAUAAUCAGAUUCAUAUUUCCCGCACAUUUUUGGGUGCGGAGUUGAACGCAAAGCCCUAUGGGUUCUAUCGAAUCUAAAGAGGGCGGGAAAUGUGAAGCGCGAAAACUUUGAAUAAAAAAUAAAUAUGCAAACAUUUGAUCCAAUCAUACAUCGUAAUAACAACCCCCACUGCAGUCUAGAUCUUGGAUGAUUUCCCUCGCAAGAGAACAACUUUGAGUUUGAACCUUCUGUUGACAGUUUCUCCCCGCAUACCCGCAUUAUAAGUGUGAACAUCGCGCUGAAGUUUUCCUUUUCAAAUUUCUCGAGUCUCUCGAGCAAGCGCGCAACCUUUCUUUUUGUUUGCGAAGGUAGCAAUUAUCGAGAUGUAGGAGCGCAAGUUCUGCUUAUCACCACUCUCCCCACUCAUAUAUUUGUGUACUGUCGAUAAAGAAACAAAAUGAAGAAAACAAAUCAACUUUUCAAUAACAAUGUCGUCAAACGUUAGAAAUAUAUUCAACCGCAAAUAGCGCAUUCGCGCUUUUCUGUUCUGUAACUGUUUCGUUCGUAUGAAACAACACACUCACACAUGUAACAACAAGUAAAAACAGAAAGCAAUAGCGAAUUGUAUCACAUCGACACACCCAUACACACACACACACACACACACA